AGAAACAGAAAAAAAAUGGCAUUCAAUACAUCCAUUGAUUUCAACAGAACCAAAGAGUUGAAAGAGUUCGACGACACAAAAGCCGGUGUGAAAGGACUGGUUGAUGCCGGAGUACUUAACAUCCCCGAGAUUUUCGUUCGACCAGCCGAGGAGCUUGCCGCCAACAAAUCGAAUUCCUGCCAGAAAAACAACGUCGAAGUCCCGAUCAUAGACUUAAGCAACAUCAGAGACAAAAACCGGCGUAAGGAGAUCGUAAACGAGGUGAGGGUUGCAUCAGAGGAAUGGGGUUUUUUCCAAGUGAUAAACCAUGAGAUCCCCUUAAGUGUCUUGGAUGAAAUGAUUGAAGGUAUACGUUUCUUUAACGAGCAGGAUUCAGAGCUGAAGAAAGAAAUGUAUAGCCGUGACAGUGCGAAGAAAGUGAAGUUCAACUCUAACUUUGAUCUUUUCACUUCCAAAACGGCUGAUUGGAGGGACACUUUGAGCCUUUCUUUCCUUGAUUCUGAUCCCGACCCUUCAGAUUUGCCUCCAGUCUGCAGACUAUCAACAAUAGAGUACAUUAAGCAUACGAAAAGAUUGGGAGAAACUUUGUUCGAGUUGUUAUCGGAGGCUCUUGGUCUUCGACCGGACCGCCUUAACUCGAUCGGAUGCUGUAAAGGGAGUAUCCUACACUCCCACUACUAUCCACCUUGCCCUCAGCCUCAACUGACAUUAGGAAUAAGCAAACAUACAGAUCCAGGCAUAUUGACCCUGCUUUUUCAGAACCAUAUCAGUGGCCUCCAAGUCUUUCAUGAGGGCCAAUGGUUCGAUGUCCGCCCCACUCAAGGUGGCUUGGUCGUAAACAUCGGUGAUCUUCUGCAGGUUUUAUCCAAUGAAAAGUUCAAGAGUGUGAAGCAUAGGGCAAUUGCCAAUCAUGUCGGACCAAGAAUUACAGUGCCAUGCUUUUUUUGGGGACAUGCUACCCUGCUUGUGAAGCUAAUCGGGCCGAUCGAAGAGCUGAUAUCGGAGACGAAUCGUCCUCGAUACAAAGAAUUCUUGCUAAAGGAUUAUGUUGCCAAGUUUCUAUCUAGCUCUCUUGAUAACAAGCCUCCUAUAGAUUACUACAAGCUCUCUUGA